UUGCUGGUGAUGGGGCCGAACAUGGUAGCCAUGGUCGCCCUUGCCUGCCUGAUAUCGGUAGCCAUGGCCGAACAGGUUAAGACGACUAACACGAGCUCUAGCCACCAUCUCCCGCUGCCUGAUGGGGUCAGCGGCGCCGAGAGCCUCGCUUUCUACGGGAAGGAUGGGAUCUACACCGGCGUCUCUGACGGCCGUGUUCUCAAGUGGCGCGGCCGCGCCGCCGGCUGGAGCACCUUCGCGUAUAACUCCAAUUUCAGGAAACUUCCUCUAUGCUCAGAUUCUUCGGUGCCUUCGCAAGAGAAGGAGAGCAAAUGCGGGCGACCGCUUGGUGUCGAGUUCUACAGGAAAACCGGCGAACUAUACAUCGCGGAUGCAUACUUUGGGCUCAUGAAGGUAGGGCCGAAUGGCGGUGAAGCCGAGGUGCUAGCGAAAGAGGCGGACGGUGUCCCCUUCCACUUUGUCAACGGCCUCGCGGUUGAUCAGGCUACUGGCGAUGUGUACUUCACCGAUAGUAGCCUCAACUUCACUCGGAGGUUUAACUUGGGGAUAACGAUCACCAACGAUACCAGCGGUCGCCUGCUCAAGUACGACGCACAGACAAAGCAUGUCACGGUACUCGAGGCCAAUCUCCCGUACCCGAACGGCGUCGCGCUCAGCCACGACAGUAAGCAUCUGGUGGUGGCGCACACGUGGCCAUGCCAGGCGUUCAGGUACUGGCUCAAGGGACCCAUGGCCGGCCAGUAUGAGCUCUUCGCGGAGCUCCCCGGGUACCCGGACAACGUGAGGCCAGACAACCAAGGUGGUUUCUGGGUGGCGCUGAACCGGGAGAGGCUGCAGCAGGCUCCGGUGAAGAAGCAUUUGGUCGGCGUGCGUCUAAACGCUGACGGCAAGGAGGUCGAGGAGCUGACGGCCAUCUGGGAUGUCACGCUCAGCGAGGUCGCGACCUUCAACGGCAAGCUCUGGCUCGGUUCCGUCGACCUUGACUACAUCGGCGUGCUUGCUAUUUGAUUUAAGGU